ACCCCUCUCUCCCUCAUUCCCCCAGUUCCACCCUUCUCUCUCUCUCUCUCUCUCUCUUACUUUCUCUCUCUAGACGAGCUCUUUCAAGAAUGGAGGAAGGCGAGGGCGAGACCUCUCAAGAAGCGCAAGAACGCGCCGUCGCCGCCGCGACGACGACGACGGCGCACCACCUGAAGGUGCCCGCCGGGCUGGCGCCGGAGGAGUUCGCGGCGCUGGCCCCCUUCGUCCACGAGUUCCACACCUACCGCCUCCGCCCGGGGCGGUGCUCCUCCCUCCUGGCGCAGCGCGUCCGGGCCCCGCGCGCCGCCGUCUGGCCCAUCGUCCGCCGCUUCGACCGGCCCCAGGUGUACAAGCACUUCAUCAAGAGCUGCUCCGUCGCGCCGGACUUCCGGCUCGCCGUCGGGUCGACCCGCGACGUCAUCGUCAUCUCGGGCCUGCCGGCCUCCACCAGCACGGAGCGGCUGGACGUGCUCGACGACGAGCGCCACGUGGCCGGGUUCAGCAUCAUCGGCGGCGAGCAUCGGCUGCGGAACUACCGGUCGGUGACGACGGUGCACGAGAUGGGGGCCGGGGGCGGCGGGGGGGAGAUCUGGACGGCGGUGAUGGAGUCGUACGUGGUGGACGUGCCGGAGGGGAACACGGAGGAGGACACGCGCCUCUUCGCCGACACCUUCGUGAAGCUGAACCUGCAGAAGCUGGCGGCCGUCGCCGAGGGGAUGGCUCGUGACCGGCGGUGACGUGGCGGAGGCUCAGGCGAGAAUAUCAAUAAGAGGAUCCCCCCACGACAGUUCCCUCUUUUCUUCCCCCGUGAUAUUGUUCUGGAAAAAAGGAUUCACGAGAUGCGAAGCUCCCUUUUCGUUUGCCUUUUUUGACCUCUCUCUCUCCCUAUACAGACAUGUGAGCGAGAUCGAGACGGGGCUGAUUCCGUCAGGAGAAAUCUAGUGAGAAAGAUCAAGAUCAAGAUCGAGUCAAAAGGGCAAUGCAGAUUUGGUUUUAGAUUAGUCAAGAGUGAUGCAAUGUGUACAGAAAUGUUCAUGAAAGGGUAUAUUCUCGUCGCUUGUUUCUGUAAAUUCUUUUCGCUGUGGAAACCAAUUGAAGCUCUCAAGAAUCGAGAUCAUCUGGAUUAUUAGAGGUAUUCACUUUUCUUGUUUUCUAAACCCUUUUCCUGUUGUGAUGAUAGCGGUGGUUUCUUGUUCUUGUCGUUUGUUGCUAGGGUAAGAAUCUCCAAACAAAUGUUCUUAACUGCUGUAACAUGGGUUUGACCUUCUUGGGUA